ACAGUCUGCGGAGAGGACACGGACCCGGAGCGGGUGCACAACUACGCAGCUAAUGUUAAACAAUGUCGUCAUUGUCUGCGUUAAUAAGAUACGAUAGCUUGUCAAGACCAACACGAUAACUUAAAUGUAUGUUCAUGGUUUCCCCAAACAUAAAGGAGACGAAUGUUUUCACAAAGCGACUGCACCCCCAAUCCAGCUGUUCCAGGUGUUGGCAAGCUGAAACACAGGUUUAGCUUCACGUUAGCAAGUUAGCUUUGAAUCUACAGCAGGUGCACUUUCACCGUCCACGCAUGAAUUGUGAUUAAUAUUAACCAACUAAGCUGUUCAGCAACGAGUUAAUAACGACUGAACACAAGUGAGUGUCUGUGAAUCGUCGUAAACACGGAGAGAAGAGCAGAGCGGGACAGAUAAGUCGGCACUUUAACAGCCUGCCUGAAUUCUGCUUCACAAGGCGGAGUCUGGGGGCCUGAGCUCUCUCUUUCCGCCGUACCCGCCAUCUUGUUGAGACCGGGGUAAUCAGGCAUCAUGACGAACACCAGAGGCAAGAGGAGGGGGACCAGGUAUAUGUUCAGCAGGCCAUUCCGCAAGCAUGGCCCAAUCCCCCUGUCCACAUAUAUGCGCAUCUACAAGAAAGGAGACAUUGUCGAUAUCAAGGGCACAGGUACCAUUCAGAAAGGAAUGCCUCAUAAAUGCUACCAUGGGAAGACGGGACGUGUCUACAAUGUAACCCAACAUGCUGUCGGCAUCAUUGUCAACAAGCAGGUCAAAGGAAAGAUUCUGGCCAAGAGGAUUAACGUGCGCAUUGAGCAUGUGAAGCACUCAAAGAGCAGGGACAGCUUCCUGCAGCGCGUCAAAGCCAAUGAGGCAAAGAAGCUGGAGGCUAAGGCAAACGGCACCUGGAUCGAACUCAAACGCCAGCCUGCUCCUCCACGUGAGGCUCACUUUGUCAGCACCAAGAAAAACGAGCCCCAGCUGCUGGAGCCCAUCCCCUACGAGUUCAUGGCAUAAACUGCUCGACAAUAAAGAUAUUUGUACACAUGCA